AUGUCAUCCGAGUCGCGAAAGCGGCCUGCCGAAGAUACCCAAGAUGGCACGCAAACGAAGAGACAGCGCAUUCGAUCACCGUAUACAAUCCUCUCGGUCGGGCCAUUAGGUUCCUCUCCGUGUUCCUCGACACUAGUAACGACAGACGAAUUGGCCAAAAAGGGGUUACGACGAGGCAUUGCGCUGGCUCUACAGAAGGUCGGCUUCGAUGGCGCAGCUCCGGAGGCCAUGGAGAGCUUCGUCGCCAUGGCAGAGACAUACUUGACGUCGCUGGUAGAAGAAGUGAGGACCUUCACCAACGUUGCGCGGCGGUCUUACCCGGUCCCUGCGGAUUUCGAGCAGAGUCUCAAGCGCUUCAACCUUACCACAUCAUCACUUAAGCCUCAUAAAAAACCGCCAAUACCCAAGUCGAAGCGGCUGCCCACAUGGGAGCCCCUGCCAAUCGACGACCCCAUCGAUAGGGACCUCCCGAUACUAGGCAACGAGCUGGAUGGGGCGCCAGAGAAGGCUGCGAAACAGUUCAUCCCCCACUCCUUUCCCGCGUUUCCGAGCAUACACACAUACAAAUACACCCCUGAGAGCCGACCGCUGGCGCCCGACGAGAUCCCACGCGGCGACCCGAAAAAGAUACGGGAGGCAGCUGCCAAGGAAGCCAAGGCGGGCGAGGGAGCACUGAGGAGGCUGAUGAGGGCUACCAAGAUUGCCAAGCAGAAGGAGGUGUGGUCGUCAGCGCAGAGGCAGCCGGCGAGGCGCGACCGGUAUAAUUUGUGGGAGGCGACGAUGCGGGAACUGAUCGAGGAGGAAAUCAAGGCCAAGGGCAAGGACUUUGCGCCCGUCAUGAUGCACGGGGAUAAGGGCCGGUUUGAGAUUGCCGACCACAGCAUGAUUGUCAACGCGGAGAAGAUUUAUCAUCGUAAGGACUUGCCCCGGGCGGGGAUAAGGAAGGUUGCUGCUGCUGGGCAUGGCAUUGCAGGGAAAGGAAAAGGCUCACCAUUCUUCCACCGAUCUCUGAAUCCCAGGAAGGACGACAAUAUGGCUGAGCAACUCAUCCUCAAGGGCACCCUGGAGGGCCACAAUGGCUGGGUCACCAGCUUGGCCACGUCGAUGGAGAAUCCCAACAUGCUCCUGUCGGCCAGCCGGGAUAAGACCCUGAUCAUCUGGAACCUCACCCGCGACGAGACCCAGUACGGUUACCCCAAGCGGUCGCUCCACGGCCACUCUCACAUCGUCUCCGACUGUGUGAUCUCGUCGGAUGGUGCUUAUGCCCUUUCUGCCUCGUGGGACAAGACUCUCCGCCUGUGGGAGCUCUCGACCGGCACCACCACCCGGCGCUUCGUCGGCCACACCAACGACGUCCUUUCCGUUUCCUUCUCUGCCGACAACCGCCAGAUCGUCUCGGGCUCGCGCGACCGGACCAUCAAGCUCUGGAACACCCUGGGUGACUGCAAGUUCACCAUCACCGACAAGGGCCACACCGAGUGGGUGUCCUGCGUGCGCUUCUCGCCCAACCCCCAGAACCCUGUCAUUGUCUCAUCCGGCUGGGACAAGCUGGUCAAGGUCUGGGAGCUUUCGAGCUGCAAGCUGCAAACCGACCACAUUGGCCACACUGGGUACAUCAACACCGUCACCAUCUCCCCCGAUGGAUCUCUCUGCGCCUCCGGCGGCAAGGACGGUACCACGAUGCUGUGGGAUCUUAAUGAGAGCAAGCACCUGUACUCGCUCAACGCCAACGACGAGAUCCAUGCCCUUGUCUUCUCCCCCAACCGGUACUGGCUGUGCGCCGCCACGGCGAGCAGCAUCAUCAUCUUCGACCUCGAGAAGAAGAGCAAGGUGGACGAGCUCAAGCCCGAGUUCCAGAACAUUGGCAAGAAGAGCCGCGAGCCCGAGUGCGUCAGCCUGGCGUGGAGCGCCGACGGCCAGACCCUCUUCGCCGGCUACACGGACAACAUCAUCCGUGCCUGGGGUGUCAUGUCCAGGGCGUAA